CAUACUCAAGCCUCAACCUAUAAAAAAUAAUGCUUCGUUUAGCUUAUAAUCUCACCAUUUUUAGAAAACUUACACUUAUAGUCUUCGUUAUUUAUCAAACCUUUUUACCUUCUCUAGCUACAUACCUUUAAUCUCAUACCUUGAUUUAUUGGAUAAGUUUAAUUAUUGAUUGGAGAGAUGCCGAUAUUGGGAGUUCCAAUAUGUGUGGAGUGUGGGACCAGGAGUAACCCAUGUAGGUGUAAAAUAGUGGGUCCCACACUAGCUUUUGUGGCGUUCGCGGUGUCGGCGGUGGUGGAGUGGCCUAUAGGAGUCUUGGUUUAUCCAUUUAAGCAUAGGAAAGGAAAGAAAAUAAUGGGUCAUCCUGCUACUGUGGUUUAUCCUUCUGUUAGUAAUGCUAUUCCCAUUUGAAUGUGUCAAAAUUAAUUAUUAAUUGGUUUAGGAUCUUUUUCUAUUAAAAUAAGGUUUUAGAUUGUAAUAAUAUCAAUUAAAUAUGUGAUUUUAAUAAAUAUAAAGUGUGUUUAGUCUGUAUUUGAGCUGUGAUAAUAAGAUGAAGUAAUUAACUGUGUUUUU